UAACCACCCAGAUUUGUCCAAUUAGGAUCGCUGGAGCCUCCUGUUUACAUUAGAUAAAAUCUGCAUAGAGGAAGUGCUGUGGUAUUUGGCCCCAUCUGUUUUACUGAAAUCAUAAGCAGCAAAACGGUCUGUGGCAAGACGUUUUUCACAGACCGUAUUGUGCUUCCUGGCAGUUUAAUGGACCCGUUCCUGUGAGUUACUUACACAAAUUUAGAAGAAGAAGAGGCCAAAAAUGGAGUCCAGAAGAAAAGUGCUGCUUGCUGCAAUCAUUUUCACAGCUGUCUGCUACAAAGUGACUGCACAGGAUGCAAGACUACUGGAUGCUCUAAAUCCCACAGAUGUUGUAGAUGACCAGUACAAUGGAUGCCGUAAAGAGGCCGUGAAAAAGUUCAUCCAGUCAGACCUGUUAAAACAAGAACUAAAUCGCAGUGAAGGAUUUCAGAAAGCGUGGAACAAAAGUAACGAGUGUUUGAAGCAGAUCCCUGGAGGGCGUAAAGAGCAUACUUCUGCACUUUCAAUCUAUGCUCAUGGGGAUCAUGAUUUCUUACAAACACUGAACAAAGCAAUAGAGACGAUGGGUGGAAAUGUUAGCAUCUAUGAAAACCACUUCCACUUCAAGUCUCUUCAUUUCCUGCUGAUGGAUUCCAUGAAGCUGCUGAAGCCGAAGGAGUGCAAGACUUUCUAUGUUUUUCAAGAUGGUCAAAGCCAACCACGGUCAAAGAAAGGCUCCACAGUGAGAUUUACAAGUUUCACCUCAGCUUAUUCAAACUUUGAAGAGAUAAAGAGAUCUGAAGAUCUCGCUGACAACAUCGUUUUAAAUCUCACUUCUUGCUUCUUUGUCAACCUGAAAGACUAUGUGUGCGAUCAAACCCAGGAUACAAUACUUUUAUCUCCAGCAGAAGUUUUCACUGUGGAGGAAACAGAAACAAAAACUACAGAUGAUGAUGAGGAAUAUGUUGAGAUUGUUUUGAAACAGUCAGGACUGAAAAGCUUCCACAACUGUUACAUCUUUUCACGGGACUCAGGAGAGCAGGAGACUGUCACACCUGUCCCAGAGAAAGACAGGGUCCCAGGAGGGCAGCAGACUGUCACAGCUGUCACUGAGCGAGACAGGGACUCAGGAGGACAGGAGACUGUCACAGCUGUCACAGAGAAAGACAGGGUCCCAGGAGGGCAGCAGACUGUCACAGCUGUCACUGAGCGAGACAGGGACUCAGGAGGACAGGAGACUGUCACAGCUGUCACAGAGAAAGACAGGUCUCCAGCUGUUGUCUCCACCCUGUGGCUGGUGUCAGUGCUUGUGGCCUCAUCUUUUUUUUAUUUAGCUCUUUAGCGAAAACAAACAUCAUUCAGUUUUCUGAGUGUUACGUCAGAACUGCUUUUUUUAUUCAUACAGUUGUGUAUUUGGCAGAUUCUAGGAUCUGCCAAAUAAAGUGUUGCAGUAGGCUGUCAAAAUAUAGUAAAAAAAUUUUUUUCACUACUGUUAUUUGUUACAAAUUUUAGAUUAAAUUCAAUAGAUUCAUCAAACAAACAGGAUUAGUGACCUCAUUCAUCUUUACAUUUUAAGCAGUGACUAUUUUCCAGGAGGAGAACACUUUUUUAAAAAGUUGAAUAUGCUUCUGUGGUUUAUAUCUAUAAAUAUUAUUACUAGAUCAUCAACUUUUAAAUGCUUUUUUUAAAAAAAAAUUCCUUUCUGAUUCC